CGUCAUUGCCAACAGAUUCAUGUAAAAUCCGAUUGCAUUCACGAAUUCACAUCACUGAAAUAAAAUCGUCGGUUUUAGCGACGUAACAUAUUGCAAAUAAGUGCGAAAUAUUGUGAUAUACUUCCCCUAGUAUUAAUUAAUCUAGUUCAAUUAAAAUAAAUUCAAUAUGUUUAUCUUGGACUGGUUUACGGGAGUUCUCGGUUUCCUGGGAUUGUGGAAGAAGUCAGGCAAACUAUUGUUUCUGGGGUUGGACAAUGCUGGCAAGACCACACUGCUGCACAUGCUGAAGGAUGACAGACUGGCACAGCAUGUACCCACUCUGCAUCCCACGUCGGAGGAGCUGUCGAUAGGCAGCAUGCGGUUCACGACGUUCGACCUGGGCGGGCACCAGCAGGCGCGGCGCGUGUGGCGCGACUACUUCCCGGCGGUCGACGCCAUCGUCUUCCUCGUCGACGCCUGCGACCGCGCCCGCCUGCCCGAGUCCAAGGCGGAGCUGGACUCGCUGCUGACAGACGAGACGCUGAGCAACUGUCCCGUGCUGAUCCUCGGCAACAAGAUCGACAAGCCCGGCGCCGCCAGCGAGGACGAGCUGCGGCAGUUCUUCAACCUCUACCAGCAGACCACCGGCAAGGGCAAAGUGUCCCGGUCGGAGCUGCCGGGGCGGCCGCUGGAGCUGUUCAUGUGCUCAGUGCUGAAGCGCCAGGGCUACGGCGAGGGCUUCCGCUGGCUCGCGCAGUACAUCGACUGAACACCACCUUCCCCAACACCACCUCACACCACACUCAACUCUGCACGUUUCUACCUACCGAUGAAACUAUUGCGAGGCUUCCCCCCUUUUUGGGGUUUCGUUCCUCUAAAAACAGAACCCUAAAAACCACUUUGUCAAAACCAUUUUUUGUAACUUUUUUUUCUGUUAAAAUAUCUAUCUCGAAUCGACUAUUAUUUAUUGAGUUUUGUCCACAGACCAUUUUGUCUGAGGCUUUGUCAUAGGACAUCAGUCUUAUUCAUAAAAAAUUACAAACUAUAUACGUGUUUUAAUUAAAACAUUCAUUUUCUAACAUUGUCAAAUAGCAAAAGAGUUCUAAAAUGCUAAUGUUUUAACUAGAAUAGAUUUAGUAAAUUGUAUUUUUUAAAGAAUAAGGCUGCAUUUAGACAGAUUUCCAUAAUCAAACUGUCAUAUUUUUACAUUGAUAUGUAUAAAAAUUGGGACUAUUAUUUAAUACGUAGCUAUAUAUUUUUAAAUAAGACUCAGUUUACGAAGCCUCUUCUUUUUUUUCUGUUUAUCUUAAAUCUUUAUUUUGUCAUAAUCAUUCGGAAGUGGUGACGUAUAGAUUGAUGUGUAAAAUAAAAUCGCGCCGUUUUGUUGCCUCGCUCACUAGUAAUUUUAGUCUAAAACUUUCGCCCAUCUGAAGCGGUGAAUCUCAACUAUAUAUUAAUUAUACAUUCUAAAAUUAGCGAAUCAGCCUAUAUCAACGAAUGAAAUUGAUUAGAUAUACAUGGUGCAACCACUAUUAUAGUUAUUACGUGUGCAUGCGAGUAAUGAGAUCAUUAUAACCUUUGAACUGUUAAUGAUUGUACAGCAAAAUUUUAUCAAUUACUUUUAGAUAAAUCAAAAAUAUAUAAAAUUUUGUUAGUUUUUGAUGUCUGGUUUUAGAUAAUAUAGUGCAAAGCAUUUAAUUUUAAUAUCAGUUUAAAGAUUAUAUUGUAUUCUAGAAACGCAUGAACAUACUGUUAUAUGCACUGUCAUAUUACUUAAAACUGAAACGUCUAAAGUACUUAAAUAAAUGUAUGGAAGUACAAAGAUAUAUAUCCCUGAUGACUUUAGCCAAACAUUACUAGUUUGCGAGACGCUAAAAAGCCGCGAUUUUUCAACCUCUCAGCUAAACACUAUCUCCUAGCUGUAAACUGUUCAAGUGAUUUUCGUUCGGCUGUUGAACUAUUAUAACAUUUAAGUUACUACAUACGCCUAAAAAUUGGAGUAGUUACUCUGGUUCUUUAUGUUUAUGGAACUAUAAAUUUGUGUUUAUAUGAAUAAGCUAAUGGUGCAAAGCAUGUAAUUUGGUAUUUUAUUUUCAUGGUCAGGUAAUGGCAGUCAGUGUUGUCUUGUUCUGUGUCAGUGGUUCAUGCCACAGCUUCCGUGCUCGAGGCGAAGCGUUCAAAUAAUUGCAGUUUUAUUCAUUAUUUAUAUUUAUCUUGUUCUCAUUCCAACUUGAAGGUACUUUUGACGCGAUAUGUAUUUUAUUUUGCUGCUCACUGUGUUGUACAUUUCUAAAACGACUAGUGGUAUAUUUUUGUAAAUUAUUUCAAUCAUUUGAAUUUAUUUAACGGAAUGUUUAUUUAAGCAAUGUGAACUUUGGAACGGCUAGUCUACGUUAGGUAGAUCGAUAUUAAAUGAACUCUUGAUAAAUAUUUUAAUGAUAAGUCUAUGUAUUGUGAAAAUAGUCUCCGAGAAUGUGACAAAAUCGCAGUUCAAUCGUCGUAAGAAGCACAAAAUAUAUCCUUUAUAAGGAUGUUUGUCAUCACAAAGUUUGUUCCGAGGCCUUCAAGCUAUGUCCCAUUGUUCAGUCGCGCUGCGUCGUCCACCGUCACGUGACAUCCGUUAUCAGAUCAACGCAAAAUAACUUGUAUGAAGUUUGACGUACGUCAACGCAUAUCAGUAUCAAAACCUAUAGAAAAAACAUCGGAGCACGACGGACCUACGUGGUGAGUCGCAACGGAGCGCGACUGAGCAUUGGGCAUAGCGCGAGUUUUUGUUAGUAAACAUACAAGUUUCUAUGCGACCGAAAUAACGCUCCUGUCGGCAACAGGCAGGUUUUUCAAUUCUGCGUACAAAACACGCACUAACACACCUUUGCAAACCUGUGAAUCACUUUUGCAAAUUUCUCAUGUAUUUAUUUAACGAGCGUGUGCUUCAGGUACAUUAAUAACAUAAUGCUCAAGCGUUCACGUUAUCAAAGUUACUACAUUGUGUGUAUUAUGUCGUACUUGUGAAGUACGAUGCGAUGGUGGGUCGACAGCCGUCUCCAGAAUAAGUUGCGAUCAACUGCUGCUGGUCUCCAGCCUUUGUAGACAUUGUUAUUUGGUAUAUUAUUUGCAGUUUUAAGUCCAAAAAUAAAGUUUGUAAUAAAAUUUAUAUGAAAUAA